UUUGCAGAAUUAGCAAAAUCCAUGUCUAAAAUCUUUAACCUCCGUAAGGAAAUGCUUCUCUCAAACAUUCGAUCAAGAUUCAUCUCGACCACCACCUCUGUUUUAGUACCCACCCACGAGCAAAUAGCCCAUCUCAUUUUAGAGCAAAAAUCAGCAAGCGAGGCUCUCCAAACCUUCGAAUGGGCUUCGAAGGUUCCGAACUUCACCCACACUGUGUUCACCUAUCGAGCUUUGAUCCACAAGCUCUGUACUUUCCGGCAGUUCAAGACUGUCGACCACCUGCUCGAUGAAAUGCCCAAGAGAAUUGGUUUGACACCGAAUGACGACAUUUUCAUAACUAUCGUACGUGGUUUUGGACGGGCUAAAAUGACGAGGGAAGUGAUCAAAGUGCUCGAUUUGGUGCCCAAGUUUGGGGAAUCUGGCGCCACCCCUUCUUUGAAGCUGUUGAAUGCAAUUCUUGAUGUUCUCGUGAAGGAAGAUAUCGACAUUGCAAGGGAGUUCUAUAGAAGAAAAAUGAUGGGGUGUGGUAUGAAGGGUGAUGACUACACUUACGGCAUUUUAAUGAAAGGUUUUUGCUUAACGAACAGAAUCGCAGACGGGUUUAAGCUGCUGCAAGUCAUGAAAAACCACGGUGUCAAAGUCAAUGUCGUUGUGUACAACACAUUGAUCUACGCUCUCUGCAAAAACGGAAAGGUAGGCAGAGCUAGAAGCCUAACGAACGAAAUGAAAGAAUUUAGCAACGUAACAUACAAUAUCUUGAUAUCGGCAUAUUGCAAUGAAGGAAAUCUAGUUCAGGCGAUGGUGAUGAUAGAAAAGUGCUUUAGCAACGGAUUUGUGCCGGAUAUUAUCCCCUUGACUAAAGUCAUCGAAGUUCUAUGCAAUGCAGGACGAAUUUCCGAAGCUGUCGAAGUAUUAGAGAGAGUGGAGAAGAAGGGAGUGAAUCUUGAUGUUGUGGCUUACAACACUCUCCUCAAGGGUUUUGCUAAAGCAGGUAAAGUGAGAGCAGGGUAUGGCUUUCUCAAGCAAAUGGAGAUGAAGGGGUGUUUGCCAAACACGGAAACCUACAAUAUUCUGAUUGCGGGUUUUUGCGAGUCGAAAGAUUUUGACUCGGCUCUCGAUUUGUUUCACGAGAUGAAACGGGCUUGUGUACAUUGGGAUUCAGUCACUUUCGAGACUUUAAUAUAUGGGUUGUGCUCGUCUGGAAAGACACGUGACGGGUUUAAAAUAUUCGAACUCAUGUGCGAGGAAAAGGGUCGGUUUUUAGGAUGUAUCGGGCCGUAUAACAGCAUUCUGUAUGGUUUGUACCGAGAUAACUGUCUCGACGAAGCGCUCGAGUUUCUAAACUCGAUGAAGAAUCUGUUUCCUCGUGCUGUGGAUCGGAGUUUGAGGAUUCUACGAUUGUGUAAAGAAGGCGGUAAUGUGGCGGGAGAAAAAGAACAAGAAGAAGUGAACCAGAUUCUUGACAAGAUGAGUGAAGAAGGAGAUUUGUUAAGUGCACCUGUUUACGCAAGUUUGAUUCGAAAAUUCUGCGAAGAAGGCUGUUUGAAACGGGCGGUUGAAGUGACCAACGAAAUGAUUGGGCGGGGUUAUUUCCCGGUGGGGUCGACGUUUAACGGUUUGAUCGGGGGGUUGUGCCGGCAGGGGAAAGUUGGGAGGGCAGUGAGGCUGGUGGAGGAUUUAAAGAAGAGGGGUUGUUUGCUUGAUUGUGAAAGCUAUGGACUCAUAAUUAGUGGAUUUUGCAAGCAAGGGGAGUUUCAAGAAGGUUUAAUGGUGUUAAUGGAAAUGGUGGAGAGAGGUAUUGCACCUGAUUAUUGUAUUUGGAAUGCUUUGAUUAUGGUCACUUUUGAUGGCAAGACUCGGUUUUUAGAUCAUAAACUACUGCAGUUGCUGAUUCAGACCUGAUUUUUGAAUCAUAAGGUACAUUAUAUAUGUUUGAAAUUUUUUGGACGAGUUUAUUCAUUGUAGCAGACAUUUCUCUUUAAAAAAUAAGAUUAACAAAAUUCAUUUAUAAUAUAAAUCAUUACCAAAUUCCACAAAAAAUAAAUAAGGAAAAAAAGAGUUCUUGAAGUGGCUGGCCGAAGCCGUGGCCACGUCAGUCAGUCCCGCUACUUUUUCGAGGCCCUCUCCAUAAAUAAAACAGCGACUGAAAUCAGCUCUCAAUCAAACAAAAUUCCAAUUGAUCUCAACACACUAGAGAUCAAAAACAAAAAAAA